UGACAUCUGUGCUCAUUAACUCCCGAGCACCUUAAAACUGGUGGCUGCUGCUUGAAGUCAGGGGAACAGAGAUUGGAGGAAAGCUUCCUAUAUAGCUCAGGCUGUACGGUUCUUGUUUGUUGGCUGGUGGAGAUUAAUCUCGAUAGCGCAGAAUGGAUGCGAUACUGAAUUAUAGGAUGGAGGAUGUUGAAGAUUACUAUGAUUUACUGGGAUGCGAUGAACUCUCUACGGUUGACCAGAUCCUGGCAGAAUUUAAGAUCAGAGCUCUUGAAUGUCAUCCUGACAAGAAUCCUGAAGACCCCCAAGCAGUGGAGAAUUUCCAGAGGCUCCAGAAGGCCAAGGACAUCCUGACCAAUGAGGAGAGUCGGGAUCGCUAUGACUAUUGGCGCAGAAGCAGGGUUCCUAUCCCUUUCCACCAGUGGGAAGCUCUGAGUAACUCUGUCAAAACGUCUAUGCACUGGGCUGUCAGAAGUAAGAAGGAGAAGAUGCUGGAAGAACCUGACCCAGCUGACACCCAUAGCCUCAAAAAUGAGGAAGGAAUCCAACAAAAAAACACCAAAGAAGGAUUGAGCUCCACCACCAAGAAAAAGGAGCAAGGAGAACCUGAGACCUUGGACAAAUCAUGGUCCCCACAAAGCCCAGACUCCUCAAGCUUUCCAGAUGGGAACUGCUGGCACCUGCGUUUUCGCUGGUCAGGUGACACCCCGUCGGAACUCCUGCGGAAAUUCAGAAACUAUGAAAUAUGAUCUCGUCUUCAGUGGAGAGAGAAGCAGAGAGAGGGCCAGCCGCCGCCAUUUCUUAGGCUUGCCCCAUUGGGUCCUUUGGACCACAUCCUUAAAAAGAAGUCUUUGUUCUUUGUGAUUGUGUAGAAAGAGCCUUAGCUCCUCUGAGCACCACUGCUCAAGCCAUGAAGCCAUCCCUAUGAUGUAUGUGAUGAAAGAAAAACUGGAAAGAGGGGGACACCCCCCUCCCUACAGGGUUCACAUAUGUUGAAGGAGAUCCUGUAUUAAUAGACAUUGUGGUCUUGUGGAUGCAGGGCCAGCUUUGGAAUCAGGAACUCCUGGUUUCAAAUCUUGCCUCUGCCCCACAUAGACUGUAUCACCCUGGGCAAGUCAUAUCCCUUCUUAGAGUCCCACAUGACUCUUGGAGAUUGUAAGUUGUAGAAGAGUUGCUAGUGUCCAUCAGUACAGGGAAUUUCCAUGUUGGAAGGUCCCCACACUGAUGAAAUCAAAGAUCUAGACCAAAAAGAAAGAAAGAAAGAAAGAAAGAAAGAAACGAAAUGAAAAUUCUCAUGGCUUAUAUUUGUUCUUUUGUGAAUUUUAUUUAUAAAUAUACUUUGUUAUUGUCAUUGUAUCUGUGGUACCUAGUGUGUUGCCUCGUAUACAACGAGGCUUAAUAAAUGUUGGUUGAAUAGUGUUUCUUUGUUGAGUAUUAAAUCUUAAAAUC